AUGGUCGAAAUAGACGUUAAUAAAGAAAAUGAAGAGGAGCCUGACUUCUCCGAUCCAGAAGACUUCGUCGACGACAUCACUGAUGAAGAGCUUGUCAUGGAUGUACUUCGACAAAAACCUUCCAUGGAAGAAUACGAAGAGUGUUGUUUGAUCAUUUUUGGUCUUCCUAUUGUGGGACCAGACGAUGUGCCCAAUUGCGGCACUGGCUGCGUAUUUAUUGAAUUUCCCGACAAAGUGAAAGCUGAGUACGCUAAAGGUGUUCUUAAUGGAUACAAGCUGGACAAAAAUCACGUCUUCUCCGCUUUGCUUUUCAAUGAAGCUCGGAAUUUCCAACAACCUCCACAAAAUUGGCAACCACCCAAACCAACUCCUUAUAAUGAUGUGGGUGAUCUCUGGUGGUGGAUGCAACAUCCUCGAUGUCGCGAUCAGUUCGCAGUACAGUACGAAAAGGAUGGUGUUCCAACUGGCACGAUCCCGAAAUUGCCGGUGAUCAAGGAAAAGCUGAAAGACCUGUCUUGGACUGAUACUGUCUUCAAAUGGUCACCCCAUGGUUCAUAUUUGACCACUAUUCACAAACGUGGAGUGGCAUUAUGGGGAGGACCUGAAUUUGCACGAGUUCAACGUUUUGCUCAUGAUAACGUGCAAUUUAUCGAUUUUUCGCCUUGUGAGACAUAUUUGGUGACGUAUGCUGAAGCCGGUGAGAAAAAUCAUUGGGGCGACGAUGAGGACUGCUUACGUAUCUGGGACGUUGUGACUGGUGAAAUGUUGAAGGGAUACUCUCUCUAUGCGCUCACGAAUCGCGACCAAUUGCCCUGUUGGCCUUUUUUCCAAUGGUCUUUCGACGAGAAAUACUUUGCAUGUCUGAAGGCACCAGAAAAGGACAAACUCGAGAAGGAAAAGAAGGUCAAUGGUAUUUCUGUCUUUGAAACAGAAAAAUUCGCACUAGUUGAUCAUCGCAACAUUAUUGUGGAAAAUAUCAAAACAUUUUCAUGGAGCCCGACCCAGAACAUCAUCUCAUAUUACGCUGAAUGUACAGACUCUCUUCCUGCUGAAUUUGGAUUGGUGCAGAUGCCUAACCAACAGAGAUUGAGAUCAGGCCGUAUUCACAACGUUGCUGACGCUCAAAUGUUUUGGCAAAAAAGUGGCCAACGCCUUGCUGUUUACACUAUGAGGUACUCAAAGAAACAAAUGAAGGAAGGAGGUGAAGUGAAGUAUGUAGGUGGAUGCACUUACCACUUGGAAAUCUUCGAGAUUGAUAAGAAAGAUGUAUCAUUAAUGAAUCUCCCUCUUCCUGAACCGUUCAUCAACUUUGGCUGGCAACCCUAUGGUGAAAAGUUCUGUGUUCUUACUGGUAAUCAAGCUAAAGUAACACCGUUAGUUUAUCGCCUUGAACCUAACAGUCAUGCGCCUAAGCUGAUGAGCAAAUUGGAUCCUGGAGUCCAAUUCAACGAGGUAUCGUGGGCUCCACAUGGUGGAUGGUUGGCUAUCCUGGCGAAACGGUCGAAUGGUGGUAAUGUAAUGUUUGUUGACACAACCUUGCAAGAAGCUAAACGCACCAAUGUCGUAGAGCACCCGGGAUUUAACAAGGGAUACUGGGAUCCAACUGGUCGAUAUUUCGUGACAUGCUCAACGCUUGGAGGAAGAAUAGGAGCCGAUCUUGGUUUUAGGCUGUAUACUUUCCAGGGUCGCGAACUUUGUCGGAAGGCCUUGGAACGUUUGACGCAAUUUAAAUGGCGUCCUCGUCCACCCGUGAAAUUAAGUGAGCAGAAGUUGAAGGAAAUCAAGAACAACUUGAAGAAGACAGCAGUUCGCUUCGAGCGUGAAGAUAACGAGGAAAAGAACAGAGCCAGCCAAGAAGUUAUUGAGAGGCGAAGGAAGAUAAUGGCUGCCUUCGAAUUGAUUCGCCAAAAGAAUCUGAAGAAAAUUGCUGCUCAGCGUGAGCUUAGGAUAUCUCUUCGAGGUGGUGUGGAUACUGACAACAAGCAAGCAGAAGAGCUCGUUGAAGAGCAAAUUAUGGUAGCGCUCGAUACGCAAAAGACUUUAGCUCCACUGGGAGAGGACGAGCUGGACUAG